AUGAAGCUGUCGGUUGCGUUGUGCUCCCUCCUGGCCCUUGCCGCGGCCCAGCCGGCGAAGAACGACCUGUGGAAGGGCAGCAGCAUGGAUCAGAUGGUCGAUCAGACGAAGAUCGAGUGCGCGCAGAAGAACGACGAGGUCUCUUGCAUGAAGUUCAAGGUCCUCAACCUCCUCGACCAGAUCUUCCGCAAGGACAGCUUCAAGGUAUCCGAAACGGUGGAGGUGACCCGGAACUCGUAUCCCGUGGAAGAGGUAUCCGGACGUAGCUCGGAGGGCUCGUUCUUGGACAACGUGCAGACGUACUUGACCUCUCACGACGUGACCUUCAAACUGCCGAUGGACUCGUCGGUGAAGGUGAGCGCGAGGAACAUCGAGGACGAUCAGCUCACUUUCGACGUGAAGUUCGGGCAGGGCCGCGCCGUCGAGGAGGCCCGCAAGUCGAAGCUGAAGAAGGUGGUCAUCCCGAUUCUUGUGUUCGUCCUGCUCAAGGCAAUGACACUGAUCCCACUCGCGAUCGGUGUCCUCGGCCUGAAAGCUUGGAACGCUCUUCAACUCUCGUUCUUCAGCUUUAUCGUCUCCGUCGGCAUGGCGAUCUUCCAGCUGUGCAAGAAAAUCGCCGCCGACAGCCACGGCGCAUCGCUGACCGCGCACGGGCCGUGGGAGUACCAAGCUCAAUAUAGAUCCUUGGACGAGCAGCCGUCGCCGGAUUUCGCGCAGGAUCUCGCUUAUUCGGCGCACGCGCAAUCGUAA